AUGGCGCCGCUGACGCGGUUUCGCAUGGAUGAUGAGUGGAAAGCGACUCCCAUGAGUAAAGAGUACUAUGAGCAGAGGGCUUGCGUCCCAGGCACGCUCAUCAUAAGCGAGGCCACUAUCAUUGCGAGGAACGCAGCUGGACGCCGGAAUGUCCCCGGGAUAUGGUCUGAAGCUCAGAUUGAGUCAUGGAAGGGGAUCACAUCAAUGAUACACGCUAAAGGCUUCCUCGAAGCCGAGGGAUUCAAAUUGCUAUCGUCGAGUGCGGUUCCCAUCUCACCUGAGGACGAUACGCCAGAAGCUAUGACCGAGGAGGACAUUCAGGACGUCAUAAAAGACUAUGCGAAGGCAGCUAAGAACGCCAUCGCAGCUGGAUUUGACGGCGUUGAGAUCCAUGGCGCUAACGGGUACCUUCCUGAUCAAUUCCUGCAAACCACCUGCAACCAACGUACUGAUCGUUGGGGUGGAAGUAUCGAGAAUCGCGCACGAUUCCAUCUUGAAGUAACAAAAGCGGUCGUCAACGCAAUUGGCGCUGAGCGAACAGCGAUGCGGCUCAGCCCAUAUAGUGACUUCAUCGGGAUGCUAAUGGACGAGCCUGAACCAACCUUCGAAUAUCUUGUAAAGGAGCUCAAGUUGAUUGGAUUAUCAUUCCUCCAUCUCAUAGAAGCCCGCAUAAAGGGCAACGACGACGCAGAUUGUGGUGGGCAGAAAUCGGUGAGCUGGAUGGUUAAGCUGUGGGACAAUGCCAGCCCUGUCAUUGUUGCUGGGGGAUUUCUGCCCGAAUCCGCGAAGCAGGCGGUGGACGAGACCUACAAGGAUUACGAUGUCAUCAUUGCCUUUGGAAGGUACUUCGUCGCCAACCCUGACCUAGUAUUUCGCGUCAGAGAGGGCGUUCCCCUGGUUCGUUACGACCGUUCGGUCUUCUACACGCCCAAGACACCGAAGGGUUACAUCGACUAUGAAUUCAGCAAGCAAUACCUAGAGGCAACGGCGAGCGCAUGAGGUACCCUCAAGUCAAUCGAGAUGUAAUCAAGAUGUUAUAGAUAGCAGCGCUUCGUUCAAACACUUUUAUUAUUUACUUCAACAUUUCAACCCUUGUACAUCGCACUUCUUCGUAUACUAUAUUCUCCUGCUUUCAA